UCUUGCUUCUAAAGACGACGGAAAGAUGCAUGUACUCUCUGUCCUUACUCCUGUUGCCGGAGGAGUAGUGAGUAAGGUGGCUUUACUUGCUACUGAUCAGUUGAGACUCGAUAUCAUCUGGGGGUUCCGCGAAGAGAUAAAUAAGCUCAAAGAAUCCUCAAUUCUGAUUGGAAAUAUAAUACAUGAUGCUGCUCACGAACCUGAAGCUGGGGAUCUGCAGGCAAGGGCGAAGUGGAUGAAGAGGCUGAUAAGCGUAGCUUAUGAUGCAGAAGAUAUCCUGGAUAAAUUUCAAUAUGAAGUUUAUCGGAUCGUUAUAAAGGAGACAAGCCUCGAUAAGAAGAUACUCGGCUUCUUCUGCAACAAUCCUGUUGCAUUUCGUCUCAAGAUGGCACGCAAGAUUUACAACAUCAACACAUCCUUGGAGGAUCUCAACAAGCAAGCACCCAGUGUGGGACUCGUCAGAUCAAAUGGAGGUGCAGCAGCCAGUCAAGGUAUGCAGGACAGGGAAACAACCUCAUUCUUUGAGAAAAAUGAAUUCACCUUCAAAGAUGCAAUCACUGUUGGAAGGGAUCAGGUUGUGUCAGAUAUAAUUUCAACCUUGACCAACUCAAACAAUCAAGAAAAUAUUCUUUCGGUGAUGGGCAUUGUGGGAUUGGGAGGCCUAGGUAAAACAACUUUGGCUCGCUUAAUUACCAAGCAACUGAAAGAAGGUGAAAUGGGAAAGCACUUUGAUACAACGCUCUGGGUGUACGUAUCUAAUACUUUUGAUGUCAAUUCAAUUUUACGUCGAAUGCUGGAGUCAUGCGACGCGACUGGGGCAAAUCUUUCAAGUCGGGAAGCAUUGAUUGAAAGCCUCCGCCAUAAAUUGAAAGAGAAAAGGUAUUUUCUUGUACUUGAUGACGUUUGGAAUGAGGAUGCUAAUAAUUGGAAUGAUUUGAAGAGUUGUUUGUUGCAACUAAAUUCUGCCAAAGGAAGCUCUGUGAUUGUCACCACCCGUAGAUCCAAUGUUGCAUCAAUCAUGGAAACACUUCCUAGGUGGAAUUUAGAAACUUUAUCGGAUGAUGAAUGUUGGUCCAUAUUGAAGGAUAGAGCACUUGCAGAUCCUAAUGCUCCCAUAGCUUCAGAACUAGAGGAAAUCGGAAGGGACAUUGCCAAAAAGUGUGCUGGUCUUCCAUUGGCGGCAAAGGUUUUGGGAAGCUUGAUGCGUUCUAAGAACAGUAUGGAGGAAUGGUUGUCAAUUCUAGAAAGUCAAAUAUGGCAGUUAUCAUCCGACAAUGAGGAUAGCAGGAUCAUGUCGGUUUUGAAGUUGAGUUUUGACAAUUUGAAAUCACCACUGAAACAAUGUUUUGCAUAUUGCUCCAUGUUCAAGCGAGGUUACUCAAUUGAAAGGGAUAAGUUGAUCCAACUAUGGAUGGCUCAAGGUUUUCUCCAUCCUUCUCAUGGUCCCCAAACCAAGCAAGAGAUUGCAAUGGAGGAUAUAGGCAAUAAGUAUUAUGAGACUCUACUGGAGAACUCCUUGUUUCAAGAUGCUACAGAGGAUGAGGAAGAGGAUGUUGUUAUCAUCACCCGAUGCAAGAUGCAUGAUCUUGUGCAUGAUCUUGCAAAUGAAGUAUCCAAGUGUGAGAGCUUGACACCAGACUUCACUCAUGAGAAGGAUGAUCAUGAUUUACUUAUUCGACAUGUUGCACGGAUUCAUACUCCGACGCUUGAAGAAAUGUCAAAAAGAAAUAGCGGGGCAACAGACCAUAUUACAUCCAUUCCUAAUUCUUUAUCAAAUCUUGUUCCUACACCUUCAUUUCCUCCUGUGAAAUUACCUAACGGUGAACAUGCUCCCAUUCAUUCAAUUGGGGAUUUUUCUUUUCAUUCUAAUCUUCGUCUAAAUGACGUGCUUUGUGCUCCAAGUUUUAAGGACUUGGUUACGAAGAAGAUAAUCGGCUUGGGUAGGGAGCAUAACGGUCUCUAUUACCUCACUCCAAAUUUAGCCACUAAACCUUCACAUAUUUCUUCUGCCAAUCAUGCAGUCAUGUCUACCACCUUGUGGCAUCGACGUCUUGGUCAUCCUUCUCCAAAUCGCUUGCAAUUGCUAGCCAAAACAAUUCCAGGUGUUUCUUGUAGUGCAGAUAAAGUAUGUGAUGUCUGUCCAUUAGCCAAGCAAACACGUCUCUCAUUCAAUUUGAGUACUAUUUCCACAACAAAACCAUUUGCUCUCAUUCAUUGUGAUAUUUGGGGUCCUCACAAAAUUGCAUCUCAUUCCGGUGCAAGGUAUUUCUUGACAAUUGUGGAUGACUUUAGCAGAUGUACCUGGUUGUAUCUUAUGCAUGCUAAAUCUGAAACUCAAAAUCUUCUGAAAUCUUUUUUUGCCUUUACUGAGACACAAUUCAAUCAAAAGGUACAACACAUUCGUUCUGAUAAUGGAAGUGAAUUUUUAUCCAUGCGUUCAUUUUUUCAAGCUAAUGGCAUCAUUCAUCAGCACUCUUGCGUUUACACACCCCAACAAAAUGGAGUUGUGGAACGAAAACAUCGCCAUAUAAUCACGAUUGCCCGUGCUUUACUUUUUCAAGCUAAUCUUCCAUUAGAGUUUUGGGCGGAAUGUGUUCUCACAGUAGUUUAUCUUAUCAACCGUCUGCCUGCACCACUUUUGUCUGGUAAAUCUCCAUUUGAAAAAAUAUUUCAACGUGUUCCCCAAUAUUCUCAUAUUCGUGUUUUUGGUUGUCUUGCAUAUGCCACUAAUGUUCACCCCAAACAAAAAUUUGAUCCUCGUGCUCAUAAAUGCAUAUUUGUUGGAUAUCCUUUUGGUCAAAAGGCAUAUAAACUUUAUGAUCUAACUACCAAAAAGUUUUUCACUAGUAGGGAUGUUGUUUUUCAUGAGGAUAUAUUUCCUUAUAAGCAAGAUUCUCCUAAUCUUUCUCUGCAGCCUCAUGAUGCAGUGCUUCCUAAUGUGAUUCCUGAAAAUGAUAUUCCUCAAGAACCCUUGUCUGCAUCUAGGGUCUCUCCCAUUGAACACACCCUUCCUCAAGUUGACAAUUCUUUAUCUCCAAAUGUCUUGUCUGACCAUGAGACCCAUCCCAAUGAUCAGACACCUCCAUCACCAUCUUCACAUCAUUCAUCCCCUCCACUUGACAACUCUUCACCUUCAUCACCAUCUUCACCUCCAGUACCUAAUGAGGAUACUGUACCUGCACUUCGCCGCUCAGAACGCGUUAGAAAACCAAAUGUCAAACUAAAAGAUUAUGUUUGUUCUCAUGUUGUGCUGCCUACCCAGGAGGAUUCAUCGUCUUUGUGGCCAUUUCCUAAUAAAGGUACGCGUUAUCCACUUUCUAAUUACAUUUCCUAUCACCGUUUUUCUUCAUCUCACCGUUCUUUUAUUGCCAAUAUUACUCGAAGUGUGGAACCUAAUAGUUUUGCAGAGGCCAUAAAAAAUCCUCAAUGGCAAGAAGCAAUGACAUCUGAAAUUCAAGCUUUGGAGGCUAACAACACCUGGAGCCUUACUCCUCUUCCUCCCGGCAAGGAACCCAUUGGCUGCAAAUGGGUGUACAAGAUCAAGUAUAAUUCAGAUGGCACAAUUGAACGUUACAAGGCCCGCCUCGUUGCCAAGGGUUACACCCAAGUUGAAGGAGUGGAUUAUUGUGAGACUUUCUCACCCACUGCCAAGCUCACCACAUUUAGGUGUCUCCUCGCUAUUGCUGCCUCCCGAAAUUGGAGUCUUCAUCAAAUGGAUGUACAAAAUGCGUUCCUUCAUGGUGACCUUCAUGAAGAGGUUUAUAUGCUUCCUCCACCUGGAUUCAGUCGACAGGGGGAGAAUCUGGUAUGUCGACUAAAUAAGUCAUUGUAUGGUCUCAAACAAGCUUCCCGAAAUUGGUUCUCCAAAUUUUCCAAUGCUAUUCAAAAGGCUGGUUACAGGCAAUCCAAGGCUGAUUAUUCAUUAUUUACACGUGUGGUUGGUAAUUCUUUCACUGCUGUGCUCAUUUAUGUUGACGAUAUUGUGAUCACUGGAAAUGAUCCCAAAGCCAUUGAAUUAUUAAAGGCAUUUCUUCAUAAGGAAUUUCGCAUAAAGGAUCUUGGCAAUCUUAAAUAUUUCUUGGGCAUUGAAGUCUCACGGUCCAAGAAAGGAAUUUUCAUUUCUCAACGAAAAUAUGCAUUAGAUAUUCUACUUGAUGCAGGUCUUACAGGAGCACGUCCAUGUCAUUUUCCUAUGGAACAAAAUUUAAAGCUUACACCUACAAAUGGGGAAAUUCUUAAAGAUCCCACACGUUAUCGGAGAUUGAUUGGGAAACUCAUUUAUCUCACUGUGACAAGACCAGAUAUUGUGUAUUCUGUUCGGAUUCUUAGCCAAUUCAUGAAUCAGCCAAGGAAGCCUCAUAUGGAAGCUGCCAUGAGAGUAUUGCAUUUUAUUAAGGGAAAUCCGGGUAGAGGCAUUUUCUUUCCAUCAGAAAAUGAUUUGGCUUUAAAAGCUUAUUGUGACUCAGAUUGGGCAAGUUGUCCAACAACAAGAAAGUCAACAACUGGAUAUUCUGUUUUCCUUGGUAAUUCAUUGAUUUCAUGGAAAUCUAAGAAGCAAAGUAAUGUGGCGUGUUCAUCAGCAGAAGCCGAGUACCGUGCUAUGGCAAUGACUUGUCGAGAAUUAACUUGGUUGAGGUACAUUUUACAAGAUUUUGAGAUUAUUCAAGAUAAACCUGCUUCUUUGUAUUGUGACAACCAAGCUGCAUUACAUAUUGCCGCCAACCCGGUUUUUCAUGAAAGAACAAAACAUAUAGAGAUUGAUUGUCAUGUGGUUCGAGAGAAGCUACAAGCUGGAUUGAUUUCUACUAGAUAUGUUCCUUCUUCUCUACAAAUCGCAGACAUUUUCACAAAGUAUCUAGAUCUUUCCAAUACAAAAAUUGAAGCACUCCUAAAGUCUAUUGGCAAGCUGAAGCACUUGAAGUAUCUUGAUCUUUCCGAUAUAAAAAUUGAAGCACUCCCAAAGUCUAUUGGCAAGCUCUAUAACCUCCAAACAUUGAGAUUACCGUGGAAUCUCAGAGAGUGUCCAGAGGAGAUUCAAAAUUUGAUCAACUUGAGGCAUUUUUAUUUUGUUUGGGGAAUGAAAUUUAAGGCUGGGGUUUUGGGGCGGUUAACUAAUCUCCGAACAUUGCCUUUCUUUAAUAUGGGUGAGGAGAGAGGUCCUGCAAUUGAGGAGUUGGGUGGGUUGAAACAACUGAGAGGCCACUUAACUAUUGGUUGGCUAGAACGUGUAAGGGAUGGAGAAGAAGCAAAGAAGGCUUUCUUAGUGGAGAAAAGUCACUUAAGUGUGUUGACUUUUAGAUGGUUGAGGCCGUUCAGCGACCUCAGGCCACCUAACGACAAUGAGACGGAUGUUCUAGAUGGCUUGGAACCUCACGGUAACUUGCAAAGCUUGUACAUUUACCGUUUCUCGGGUGCUAGAUUUCCGUCAUGGAUAACGAGUCUCCAAAAUUUGAAGCAGAUUGGAUUAGAGAUCUGCAGCGGUUGUGAAGAAGUCCCAACACUCGGCCAUCUACCUAAUCUAAGAUCUCUUCAGAUUAUUGGGAUGGAAAAGCUGAAACGUCUGGGAGCUGAGUUCUAUGGUUAUAGUGAUACUGGCACAACUUUAUUUCCAGCUCUGAAAACACUAUCCAUCGGUGACUGCGAAGAGCUCAUUGAAUGGAUGGAAGCACCGAGGAUAUCAGCUGAAGGAGAGGUCGUGAAGGUAUUUCCUUGCCUCGAACAGUUGAGCAUAUAUAAUUGUUACAGCCUAGAGUCGAUUCGAAUCACACAGGGCAUCGCAUCUCUCCGUCAAUUGAAGAUGAGCUAUUGUGAGGCAUUAUCAAGCCUAGAGGUUGGGCUCGAUUACUGCACCUCUCUUCAGGAGUUGUAUAUGGGGCAUUGCCGUAAUCUGGUUUCAAUUCCAACCGCACGGGGCAUGCCGUCUCUCCGGAAAUUGAAUCUCGUAGCGUGUGAGGGAUUGUCAAGCCUAGGAAGUGGGCUCAACUACUGCACCUCUCUUCAGGAGUUAGAUAUAAGCCAUUGUCAUAAUCUAACAUCAAUUCCAAUCACACAGGGCAUCACAUCUCUCCGGAGUUUAAGGAUUCAUGAAUGUCGGAGAUUAUUAAGCCUACCGAGUGGGCUCCAAUUCUGCACCUCUCUUGAGGAUCUGGAAAUAAGGUGGUGCCCUAGUCUAGUAUCCAUGUCAGUAUCAUAUGUGAAGUGCGACCACCCAGAAUCAGCGAAUCAACAGGAGGAAGUCUGUACAGGUGUUGAUGAGUAUUCGUCUAUCCUGGAGGAGGAUUGCUCUAGUCUAGAAUCUAUUCCAGACUCACCGAAUCGACCGAGGGAAGUCUAUACAGGGCUUGUUGAGUAUUUGUCUAUACAGGAGGAGGAUUGCCCUAGUGUAGAAUCUAUUCCGCCUAAUCUCCGUCACUUGUUGAUAUGUCAUUGUGGGAAAUUCAAAUAUGUGCCCACGGGAGGAUUUCACCGCCUCAAUCGUUUGAAGAGGCUGACAAUUGGUGCGUUCUGGGAGGAGCUGGACGCCUUCCCUGAUUUUCAGCUUCCACCUAAUUCACAACUUGAAUACUUGAAGUUCAAGGGGUGGCCUAAGCUCAAGUCUCUGCCCCAACAGAUUCAGCACUUGACUUGUUUAGAAACUCUCUCAAUAGAUAGAUUCAAGGGACUAGAGGCUCUUCCUGAGUGGUUGGGAAAUCUCACAUCUCUUGAGUGCCUGUGGAUCUGGGAGUGUGAGAAUCUCAAGUAUCUACCUACACAAAAUGCUAUGAAAAACCUCACCAAAUUGAAGGAGCUCAAUGUUAUAGGAUGUCCCCUGCUCGAGGAGACUGACCCAUAAUGGCCCAAGAUUUCUCACAUCCGGAAUUUCAAUUGGACUGAUGAAGCUGCGGAAUCCCCCUUACUGAACUAGAAUGUCUGUUCACGUUACAAGGUUAAUCAAUUCCCAAUUGCCAGAAAUUUAUCCCUAAAGAUGGGCUCUAUCAUACUUGACGGGAAUAUCAAAUGAUGCUGAAUAGGUGAUGAUCCAGUCCCAGUAGUUCAAUCACCUCUCCCAUGUACGGCUUUUCUGCUGAGUUUUAUUGAAGAUAAGGUGUUAAUCAGCACCAGCUAUGAGAAUGAGAAGUUGCGAAUGAUCCACCUAAAGUGGAAGCUAUGCAAACAAAAGAUGAGGACAGCUGACAUGAGUGGCUGACUUCUAAAAUUCCCAAGGUCUGAAUUAAAGCUAUGAGAGACCUUCUUAAACAGUGGGAUAUUCAUGGGGUUCAAGUUCCAGGGGAAACAUGUGCCUUGAAUGUUUAAACUUUCAGUUGUGCAUGAUUACUUCCAUUGAUGUUCUAAGUUAAACCAUAUCCUAAAAUAAUUGCCCCUCUAUCCUGCUCAAAUGGAAGAACAGCUUAACUUGACAUUGUCCAAACAAAGUUCCGGUACUUCAGUUCUCCAUCUUCCGAUUGUCCCAAGGAUUAAGGAAUUGGAGCACCCAAAUCGUGAUCUCAGGUGGCUGCUGUUUGUUUGGCUCUCGCAAAGGCUGGUAACUUUACCCGAUAUUGAGAACAAACUGCAUCUGCAUCUUGGAUAAGCCAUUCAGUCAAGCAUGCAUGGUUUCUAGGAAACAAGCCUUCUAUUGUCUGCGAGCUAUAUGAAGAACCUCCUGUCAGAUUUCGCAUUUCUGUGCUCUCUUGGUGUUUCCAUGAAAGCUUAACAAAUGGAGCAACAAACAAGUCCUGGAGGACCUGGUCAAUUUGGUACCACGGGCUUGUUUAUGAGUUACUCAUACAUGUUGUGGAGCUUAUUGUGAGCUUCUCGGCAGUUCUUUUACUUUCAAGUAUCAAGCCCUAUUAUUGGAUAUUUGAGCAAUUAUCUGUGGCUUGGCAUCAGUUGCCGUAGUCUAAAAUAUUUUCGAGUGUCAGUCUUUUGGUUGAAAGUUUUCAUGGAUGUUUGGGUGUAAUGGGGUUCUCUGUUGAGAAGGGUUGUGAGAAAGAACGAGAUCACUUAACAAAGAACAUGUUAGUGUCUUCUUGCCGUGGAAGUAGCUCAAAUUGGGGAAUAUGAAUUGGCGAAAUUCCAAGUAUACAACUAAUCGAAGAUUCCCUUCCGUAUUCAAGGAUCUGAUCUGGGCAGCGUGGUGGUCGAAACAAGGUUCGUUGCCUGCCGUAGGGACGGGGUUGAGGUAGUGAUGGCGGCGGCGGUCUGACGGAGGCGGUGGUGCAGCAGUGGUGGCGGCACGUUGCUAGUGGCUACUUGCGGGGUUUGGGCAGGGUUUGUCUCUUGGGCAGCGACCGGUCUGCUCCUGUGGUGGGUGAUUGGGCUUGGAUCUUGUUCGGCCCGAGUGGGUUUUGCUGUUUUUUAUUUUAAUUUUAUUUUACGUUGUUUUUUUACUUCAAUUCUGUAAUUUUAUGGCAUAGUAGUGGGCUUUGCCCCAGAUUGUUCGGCCUAGCGAAGCGGUGAAUUCCUUCCUCUAUCAAGAAGUUGCAACCUCGUGCAGGAAGGCACUCACUCCUUAAUAACAAAAACAAAAUCACAUUUUAGGAGGCUUGAGUGAUGCCUUGCAAUAGGCUUUACUAAUACUAAAUGAGGAAAUUUAUUCGGUAGCUUUGACGUAGUCAUGAUGGCGACAGCUAAAUUAGAGUAUGGCAGUUGUGUUUUCUAUUUUGCUAUGUACUCUAUAAGUUUUCUAUGUUUUAUAAGCCAACAAGCAUAUGUAAGUGUAACGUUAUGUGUGUGAGAGUUAUAUAUAUGGACCAUGGCAGGUCUCUUUUUAUAAUGUUGCCACUAAAA